AUGAAAUAAUAGAAAUAGUUUACGUGUUAAGACAUUGAACACGAAGGAGAAGAUAUUUAAGGAUUUUGCUUAAAUUUGGGAUGCUAAGAUUCAAAACCUUAGUUCUGUCUCUAAUGUGGUGUUGAUCCUAUGAAACAUUCUAAUUGCAAGAAGGACUUAAAAGGAUUUGGUUAUAUUUCUAGUUUUAUUACGAAAUUCAAUUAGAAUAUACUUGAUUUAACAACCUAAUUGGAUAAAUCCUUUGUAUAAGUCAAACAGAAAUAUGAAGAAUUUUCAAAAUAAUUAGAGAAAAUUAAACUAUAAUUACUUAAGAUAUCUCAAUAUUUAAAUUAAUAAGAUUAUAAUUAAAUGAAAGAAAACUUAUAAUUAAUUAAGGAGGGCUACCAAUAUUUAAAUAAUUAAGAGGAGAUUAAGAAGUAGAAUUAAAUUGGUAUUUUUAUAAUUGUAAUAUUUUUAGGAACACAAUUAAUUAAUAUUAAAUAAAUGAUUGAAGCUUGGGAUUUAAAUAAAAUAUAAUAAUAAACUCAAUAUAUAGAUCAUUAAAGCAUACUCUAGUAAGGUAUUUUUUUUUUUUAUUAAAUUAGGAUUAUAAUUACUUAAUUAAUAAAAAUGGUAGUAAGCUAAUGAAUUAUUAAUAAAAAAUAUAAAAAAUUUGGAGAAACAAUUAUCAUUUGCAAAAUUCUUUUAAAGUACUUUUCAAAUUCAUCAAAUAAUUUAGGUAUUUCUUUAAUAGAAAUGAAUUAAACAGGAAUAGGAAUAAAUAUGAGAGAUUAAGCGAAAAAGAUUAAUAGUAAUUUGUUUAAAGAUUUAUUGGAUUAUUCAGAUUAAGAACUUAAGUAAAAUCCAUAAAAUGCUUUCAUUUUAAUUGCAAAAAGUUAAUCAAAUCAAAUAUCUUCAAUAGGUUAUGCAUUAAAUGAUGAGAAACAAUUUCAAUUAGCAAUUCAAUAAUGUGACAAGGUUUUGCUGGAGGAACCCUAAAAUAUUCAUGCUUUAUAUAGAAAAUGUAUUCAUUUAUUUUCAAAGUAGGUUUUUCUUUAUUUGACUUGAAAGAAUAUGAAUAGGCUAUUUAAUGCAUUGACAAAGCCCUCAUAAGCAAUUCAAAGUAUAGUAUAGGUUUGUCAAUGAAAGGUACAUGAAUUGUUUAUAUUCCAAUAGGUGUUUCUUUAGAGAAGUUAUAAUUUUGUUUGUUUUUUUUUAAUAAGUAAUAAAAGCCUAUUUUAAAUUAAUUUUUUUCAUUAUUAUUUACUUGA